UUGCUGGAACGGAUAGUACCGACUCACCGGUUCGGAACGAUAGCUCCGAGUUGAAGCUGUACAACACUACACAGAAAAAUCAAUCAACAUGUUGGUGUAUCGUAAAACAAUCGUAAAAUAUAGAAAUCAACUGUAGUGCGUUUGUUCGGUGAUGCAAAAACGGAGGGGGUCAGCCCCAUAAGAAUAUGCAUUAGGCCAAGUGCAGAAAAGGCAGUUGUUUUUGUUUUCCGUUCGUGACUGCACUGCCGUGUGCUGCUUUUCUCGUACACACUCAUUUCGUGCGAUUCUGCAGUGCAGGAAAAGUGCUACGGCCAGGCGGAUUUGUUUUCGUCCUACGUUUGCUCGGUGUGUAUGUGUGCUUCAGGUGGAAUCGGAAAACGUCCAGAUGCUGGAACAGGUGCAGUGUCCACGGUGUCCCGUCAAUAAGUUUGCCAGCAAGCAUUCCGAAAUUGUGCUUUAGUGCGUCAUAAGCGAAAAGCAAAGCAGUGGCCAAACCCUGUCACACGGAAGAAAAAUGGAAUAGCGGAGGAGGAAUAGUUUUGUUCACGUCCGAAUACCCGUACGAGAAGAUGCGCAGGAUGUGUACGAUAGCAAAAGUGUACACGUGUGUAUGCGCGUGUUAAUGUCCCUGGGAGUGUUCCUGAUGAAACACUAGAUCCAAUUUGCAGCAGUGCUUUCGGAGAGGGAGUACAGUUCCUUCCCGGACGGAAACAAUCAGGACAUUAACCCAAAGGUGUAACGGUGGAAGGUAUACACAACCCCAACGCUCUUCCAGCUUCAUCGAACAUUGCAGUGCAGUAGUGCCAUCCCCGUAGCUCUUUUUUUAGGUACACACCGUCGACGGCCCGAACAGUCCAUCCGCUUACAUCGACGCAGCAGUCUGAAUGAGGCAAGGACCAACACGAGCGCUUUUGUGUUCUGUUUCUGUUUGCUUUCCGUGAUCGGAAAAAAUAUCCGAUUGCUGCAUCACCGCCGGUCCAACAAAUGGCACUAUAUGAGCAAACCGAAACCACAACAAAGGUUACCCUAGACGACACCGAGACCUGCUGUUGCACGAUCGAAACAGCACAAACCAUCAACGGGCAUACGGAGUACGUGUUGAGAGUACAGCGCGGACCGUACCCGGAAAACAGCUGGCGCAUUCUCCGGCGCUACAAUGAUUUUGCUUCGCUCAACAAGUGUUUGCAAAUUUCAGGGAUCGAUUUAUCAUUCCCCGGCAAGAAGCUAAUUGGUAAUAUGCGCCCAGAUUUCAUUGCUGAACGGUUGAACGCAUUACAGGAGUAUAUAAAUCAGGUACUAAUGAAUCCCAUUUUGGCAUCAUCGUUACCAACCAAAAAGUUCAUCGAUCCAGACAGUUACUCGACGCCGUUCCAUGAUUUGGCCCUGCAGUAUGCGUCGAUGAGCUUGCGCACCGAUGGCGUCUACACGCUGGGACAAUCGCUCGGUCCGAUCGGGUGGCGUUUGCGUAAGCAUUACUUCAAAGUGGUGCAUAAACCGCAGGGAAACAAACAUUCGCCGGGUCAUUCGACGACUAAGCACCAUCUGAUCAAGUCGAGCUCGCAGUCGCAUGGCAAGCAGCACACGACGCAGGUUUGCGUGACUACCUCGACCGAGAAGGACUACAACAGCAGUACAAGGGACCACAGCGGGCGCGAUGACCUCAUCUUGAGCUGGACCGAGUUCGGUCCCGAUCGGUACAUUGACGAAAAGGAUAUCCAUACGGUGUUGAAAAACUUCGGCGGUGUGCAGCAUCCAUACAUUGUACCGAUCGAGCAUAUCGCUUCGAACGAUAGUGGCGCACUAGUGAUACGGAAGUUCUACAAGCAGGGCAGCCUGAAGGAUGUGCUCUGCUCCGCUAGCCCGUGCAAUCCGUUCCUAUCGAAGUACGGCAGCCCGAAAGGGCGGACGCCGCUACCGCUGAAAGAUUUAGCAUUGUAUGCACGACAAAUCCUAGAAGCGAUUCGCUUCCUUCACUCGAAGGGUAUGGCGUGCGGGCAUGUACACUGUGGCAACGUCAUCGUGGUCGAUGGUAUUGCGAAGCUGAUGGAUGUGGAGAAUUUCAUCUUUGGCGUACCUUCUUUCUAUCGGCCGUUUUUCGUACAGCACAGUAAAAUAAACACGUGCGAAGCGAUCGACGUGUACGGUUUCGGUCACCUGCUGUACGAGAUGUGCAUGGGCUAUCCAUUGCAGGACUCUUACGCACGCCAGAUUAGUGACUGUCCGGAUAGUUUAAAAUCAUUGUUGGAAUCGAUUUUAUCGAAAGAUGCCUGCAAGUCGUCGCUUCCUACACUGGAUCAACUGACAACACAUCCGUUCUUCGGCGAGUAUGCUGGGCAUUUUAAUGAUUUGUACGCGACAACUAUUGCUGUUCAAAAGCCGCAUCUAAAGUUCUCUACCAGCGCCAAAGAGCAGCUAAAGUUGGCAGUUCAAAAGACUGAGAAUCGUGUCCGCGAGGAACAGCGCUCCGUGAAGAACCAGAAGCGUUUGGUUAGGGUACAGGAGAUGAUGACGUCGGAAGAGGAGAAGAAAAAAAUCAAACAGAAGGCUAAGCAGGCAAAGCUACGUGCACAAAAUUCUCUGCAACUGAAUAACGGUCCGCCAACUACGGCAUCGUCCGGUAUGACCGCCACGGUGCAUCUAUCCAGCUCGACUGGAGGGAUCGUGAAAUCUGACAGCGCAAACAGCAUUACCUCACCGCAGGAUGCAUUGAUGUCACCGCCACCGCAUGCCACGGACAGCGGUGGUAGUUGUUCCCCUCAGCCACCACCAUCGGCACCACCAAUUCCGGGGCCUGCCUCAUCCUUACCGCUUUUUCCACCCGAUGCCGGCGGUUCCAGCGCUUCAGGUAAGCUUGCGAAGUCAAUUUCCGGCGACGAGUCUACCGGUGGUAGUGGUAACCGCAGCGCACUGCUUCAAUCGAUUUGUAAUUUUAACAAAAGCGGACUGAAAAAGAUCAGUCCGGGUGAAGCCGGAAAAUAAAAGCAAAGUGUAUAAUGCACUGCUGCUGCUAUGAAUUGUCCAUCGCAAUCGAUUAUCCGUCGAUGCUGCUGCAUUCUCACUGCAAAAGGAAAAGCCUGUUGUUAGCAAACCAAGCGACAUACACUAGCAUCUAAGCAUUCUUUUAAACGCUGAAUUGUUGUCCUGUUUCUGUGUUUUGUGGUACAGGAAGCUGUACCACUGACUGAAGAAAUAAGAAGAACCGAUCUUCGCACCUGAGCAGUUUGCGGAACAGCAACUGCAACUAAGCAAACGCAUCACGCAUCAAUGCUGCAUCAUUGAAUCAAACCGGUGAACGGCUUUCGUAAAACACAGGAUGAGCACGAUUUUUGGACCAAUUUUUCAUAACAUUAGUAGCAAAAUCAAAUCCAAAACAUAAAUAAAUAAAUAAAUAACACAUACUUAACAAAUCAUAGGUCGAUCAUAAACGCAAAGCAACAAAAGGAGAAACAAAGUAAAGCAUAAGCUGACCUGACCGAUGGGAUAAAUCAUGUAGCCAAAUUGUAGGAGAUAUAGCAAGCAAACGAAUGUAGACUAGACCUGCGUGGUGGUGAAAUAAAGGAAAAGAAAAGCGAACGAACAUACUAACUUUGUGUUUCCUUUGGAAACCUAACCAUCUUUAUAAGUAAGAUAUUGUUGCAUAUUAGAGCAGUUACUUGAGGGACGAUUAUGGGUACAGUACAGUUUCAAGGUUUAGGUUGAAUGUUUAGGAAAACGAUUAUUUUUAUUCCUGUUUAUGUUCCUUUGAGUUAGCAUGUACAUAUUGUGUUAGUUAUUUAUUUCGUUUAGUUUAGUUAGACGUUUGUGGUGUGUUUAAACAGUAGAGACUUUGUUCCAUGAGAAACGCUAUUUUGGUUUGAAGAAACCUACAUCCUUUAUUUCAUUUGUUUUAAACGUUGCACAAGUAUUUUAUUAACUUGAAUUUUGUUAUGCGUUAUGAUUAAACUUAAAAAUGAUUUUUUAAAAAUUCGACUGAGGUCACAGAUACUAAAGACAAAAUUAAGGAAAUGAAUUUGAAUUAUGUUAUCCAAAGCCAAAUAUUUAGCCAUAGUUUAGAAAAGCCAAAUGCGGAAAAACUAUGAGUGUAGUCUUAAUUUGAAUGAAAAGAACUAGGAAAACGUAAACGAGUGCUUAUGCGUAUGAAUGGAAUGGAACCUCAUUUAAUAUUUAAAGGAAUUGUUAAACAUGUACCAUUCCAUACGAAGGGAUUGCAUUAUAAAAUGGAACCAUUAAAAUGAACAAAAACACAUUAUUCUAGAUUGGUUGGGCUAUAUCAGUACAGAUAUAAACUUAGCACGAGGGAUUGAUGUUCUGUACUGGCCGACAAACUAACCCACAAAGUCGGUACCUUCUCUCUUCGACCUAGUGUACGUUCCAUAAACUCUGCUAAUUAUAGUAAUAUGAGUUGAAAGUUUUUAUGCACUUACCAUAGGUGACUUAUUGCAUUCUAUUGCUUUCCAUAUAUAGUAAUGUGUACUAUAUCAUUCUGCAGUUUGCAAAAUGUCUGUCACCCAAUCCCUUACACAUCUGCCUUUCGCUGACGCUAUUUGAUGGAAAAAGAAAUUCGAAUGAAUAUGAACUUUGCCUAACGUUUUCAAAUGUAUCACUAAUGGAGAUUUGUUGUGAUAUUGUGUCACCGUAUCGCUUACGGAAUCGCGUGUUAUAUUGUGUCAAUGGUAUCAUACUUCCAAAACGAUAUGUGUAAAUUUUAAUCAUAACUAUGCUUGAAGUGAGUAGCGUAAUAUGAAUGAAAUGUGAUAUGAGUUUGUUUUUAAAGCUAUUACAAUUUGUUGACAAAUUUGUUUUCUUCCAUUACCGACAGUAUGAGUUUCAUAGUAAAAGAUUGGUUGACAUUAAUGAGCUAAGCUUAUAUGCUGCGACUAAUCGUUGCGCAUUGGAAAGAUUUCGUCUAAAAUUGUCAACAGCUGGAAACAUUUCCUGAGUUAACGCAAGGUGCAUGGAUACCGUCAUUAUUUAUGAAUUGUAGAUGUAUGUAUACCUAAAUAUACUUAUAUAGAUAUCAUUAGCGUCCGUUGCAAUUGCCGACAAGAAUAAAAUAUACAUUGUUCGCUGAUGGAAAUGAUCUUAUGAGCAAACCACACACAUACACACAGUAUCACUAAUCGACGAAACAAGCAAGAGAACAUCAUUAAGCAAAUCCGACAACUAGGCUUUUUAAAUAUUACGAGCAACUGUUUGAACCGUGACGAAGCAUGAAUAUGAAAUAAAGUGUAGUGUAGCAGACUGGCAACAGCGACUAUUCAUGCAUUCGUGUGGUAAACUUGUGGUAAAAAUGCUACCAUCGCGUACCGUACCGUAUAGAUGUUGUACUUGCAUCUGAGGCUUUAUCUUAAGUAUACUACUAAUUUUUGACAACACUAAACGAACCGGAACGAUACGUGAUCGUUAGUGAGAUAGAAAUGAGGGCAACCAUUGCUGAUCUAAAGCAAACACUAACUAGAGUGUUUUGCUGGAACGAGGGACAAUUUCUAGAUGGCGCUUUAAAAGCCAUCAUUGGAAAUGUAGCUGUAAGAUAAGAUAUGCGAUAAAUCAGCAAACUAAAAAUAUAUGUUUAGUGCCAUAAUGUUCUAGAUAAAACAAAAAUACUAAAAUGAAACAUAACACAAAGAUUAAAUGGUUCGCUGAUGGCGCGAUACAGCAGUAUAAAAAUAACAAAACAAACGCACACAGAGAGAGGGCAUGUUGAAGAGCUUUUCGCCAAAGGAAACGAAGCGAAAGGAAUAUCGGAUAGAAACGGCUUGGCCGUCCUUAUUUGUAAUGAAACCAAAACUGACCGGACAUCUGUAUCGACUUGAGAGACAAAACAAUCGUAAGAGUUGACGGACCGUUUGUGGUAACGAUAGACACAAAUAUCACCCGUAUUAGUCCACGUGGAAGUAUUUUACUGUUGAGACGUUAAAAUGAGAAUCUUCUACACGUUAUUAUACAUACUUAUACAUAUAUACAUAAAUAUAUAUAUAUUUACUAAAAGCAGUAAAAGCAAAGAAAAACAUCUGAAGACAGAUAAACAAAAUCAAGAAAAAACUGUAUUUCUUACUAUAAUUGUGAUUUAUGUGGAAAAAAGUGUAUCCUGAUAUAUCUCCCUUUUAUAACAAUAUUAUACAAUCAUAAAGCGAAGCGAACGGUGGACAGUGCGGGACCGAGAGCACAUCCGUGGAAUGUAUUGGUGGCAAACGGCGGAAGCGCUUGCUGGUGCCGUUGGUGUGCCAGUUAGGUACGCUUUUGAAACCAUGGAACAAAACAGUAACGAAGGAAAUUAUUCAUAUUAACUGUGUCGUGAGUAAACUAUGCUGAACUAAAAACAAAUUAAAUUAACAAAAACAAAAAAAAACACUUAAAUGUAAACAUUCCGUAAUGCAAGUAAUAUAACAAGCAAGAGAUCAAAACGCAAAACCACUAUCCUAAAUGAAGAUGUACCGUAGCUGAAGAGGGAAUAAAUUUUAACAUAAAUUUAAAGGAAAGUUUCUAAACACAAAACUCCUGCUGUGGUUGAGCCGAACAGAGAAAUAAAGUAUUUAACAACGUGCUAACUAGAAAACGACGACUUGGUGGUGCAUUAUCAUAAUAUUACUUUAGAUAACUUUGUUAUAUUUUGAGCUGUCCAUUCGUUUGGAAUCUGUUUAAUGUGCGUUAAACAUGUAAGGAAGUGGUACUGAAAUUGUCUUCAUAAUCAUUUUCCUUUUAGUUGCAAUUAUAUUUGUUUAAAUAUAAAUCAGAAUAAAAAAAAAUAUUAUCGUUGCUCUGUUGUGGUACCGGUUUCUUGCCAUUAGUAUUAGCAAAUUUUAACACAUCCUGUGCAUGCUAACCUGCAUUGUGCUCGUACAUUUUGUGCAUUAGUGUAACACGGAACAAAGGAACAAAAGUUAAACAAAACUUAAUGUAGUGCAAGAGUAGCAAAACAAACAACAAAUCAAUCAAGGCACAAACAAAAUAGCGUCCAGAAAGAAGCAUAAUUCUUCUCUAGCGCGAUACCGAAACAAAACGAAAUACAAUAGAAAUCAUAACAGCACUAGUAAUCGGAAAGAUGCAUUGCUCGUCGUCAUACUCGUACAUUGUCGUAGUUAAACAUCUUAUCAACUUUUGUCAUACAUUUGGAUCAGUCGUCCGUCUGGUAUACUGAAUCAUACAUGAAAAAGGAUGCAACAGAAAUCCAUGAAGAAGUAUUGCUUCCUACUAACGCAGCAAACCACCAAACACGGAAACCAAACAAGAAAGUAAGACAAAACUAUCGUAAAACUCUUAAAACAUCUUUCUAUUACAACCAAUCAAAACGGAUAAAUAAAGAACCUGUCUUCAUUGGAGUAAAUUGUGAA